AGAGUACCGGCAGGUAUAUACGUCAAAUGCCACGUUGUAUUGAAUACGCCAAUGAGUUAUCUAUGGUUCUACAGCUGUAACGUGUUCUGGACUUAAAAGUGUAAAAAGUUACUGGGAUAGUUGUUUAAAAUGGACUGUAGACAGUACAUUAUAUUUUUAGGGCUAGUUUUGAGUUUAAAUUAUGUUUGUUGUCAAUAUAGGACCAAAAAUACCCAAGGCUCCUCCUUAUCAGAUCGUGUACAACAAUUAACAGAGCUGGCUCUCACAAGACCUGUAAUCAAAUUUAAUGGAGCAAAGUUUAAGGAAUAUGUACGCACUACACCGAGAAAUUAUUCUGUUAUAGUUAUGUUCACUGCUAGAGCACCUCAAAGGCAAUGUCAAAUUUGCAGAUACGCGGAUGAUGAAUUUGUGAUAGUUGCAAAUUCAUUUAGAUAUCUGCAGUCUCAUUCGAAGAAGUUAUUCUUUGCUUCUGUAGACUUUGAUGAAGGAUCAGACGUAUUUCAAAUGAUGAGACUGAAUACUGCGCCGGUCUAUAUGCACUUUCCUCCGAAAGGAAAGCCAAAGCCUGCAGAUACCAUGGAUAUUCAAAGAAUAGGAUUUAGUGCAGAAGCAAUUGCAAAAUGGAUAUCUGAGCGCACUGAUAUUCAGAUUAGAGUAUUUAGACCACCAAACUAUUCUGGAACAGUAGCAAUAAUUAUGUUACUGGUACUUAUUGGAGGAUUCUUGUAUGUAAGACGCAAUAAUUUAGACUUCAUCUACAAUAAAACAAUUUGGGGACUUGGUGCACUGUUUUUCACACUUACAAUGAUUUCUGGACAAAUGUGGAAUCACAUUAGAGCACCUCCAUUUAUACAUAAAUCAUCCAGUGGGAAUGUGGCGUACAUUCAUACUUCUUCUCAAGCUCAGUUUAUACUGGAAACAUAUAUAGUUAUGGUUUUAAAUGGAGCUGUGGUAUUAGGCAUGAUUUUAAUGACUGAAGCUGCAUCUCGUAAAGGUGAUGUAAAAAAGCGACGUAUAUUUGCUGCGAUAGGCGCGGCAUUAGUCGCCAUCUUUUUCAGUCUAUUGUUAUCCACAUUUAGGAACAAAGCACAAGGAUAUCCUUACAGUUUACUGUUCAAAUAAAAGGAGUAAGUGUAGGAAGUCAUCAUUUGUAUAUAUUGCAAAAGAAACUUUCAACUUGCCCACCAAUAUUAAGUACUAAGAUGCAUAAUAAAAGGAUUUGAACAUAAUAUUUAAGUUCUCGUAUUUGUUAAUUGUUACAUCAUAAUCACAAUUUACAUUUAUUUAUAUGUACUGUAAAAUAAAUGAAUAUUUAAGGUCAUUAUUC